AUGCUCAGGUUCCUCUUGCUUUGCGAGGGUCUUUGGCGGGUGCUCGGCGACGAUGCCACGGUAUCCUCCAGCACUGCGACCUCUGCAUAUCAAAUCAGACCAGGUUGGGAAUUCAGCGUCGAGGUGCAGGGGACAAAUUUCGAUGUCAUCAACGACAAGAUCUUAUUGAUUCCUUCGGAUGCCUCCUGCGGGGAUACCGUCGUGUCACCCAGAGGCAAGUACUCCAGCGCGGCGGAGUACUACGACUUGAUGUGCGAUGGGAUUGGGAAAGCCCCGACCAAAUUAGUGUGCAGCGGCGUCCAGGUGUACCAGGCUGGCACCUACACCAUUUGCAUUUGCGACGCCAGCGCAACGUCCCGGCCCGUGCCACCAAGUGCAGGGUCCAAUGACACCACCACCACGUCCACGACCAUGACGGCGGCGCCCUGCAACACCCCGGCGCGGUUCUGGCUGGGCGGACUAGACAAGGGCGUCGUCACGGUGAACGGGCCCAGGAAUGAGGGCGCUUUGACCUGGCGCGCGGGGAAGUCGGAUCGCCUCAUCAUCCAGGGCACUGGGCUCAGCAGCGGGGAUCGGAUUCGCAUCGUCGAUGCCUCCGUCGACUGCUUUGAUCCAACUCACUCGAAGGUGAUGCACCCUGCAGUUGCCACGGACACGCCCUAUGCGGACCCGUCGGGUCAGCGCAACGACGGGGGCGAAACGCAAGAGAGAUGGCUGGACGUAGGGGUGAUGGUUCCAGGCAUCUACCAGGUGUGCUGGUGCUCAGCGAAUUUGAACGGCUGCGCAAACGAUGCGGACUUCACCACCAAGGUUGCAGCGCUCGUGGUGGGCGGACCUACGGCCAACGUCAUCCAGACCUUCGAAUGCAUCACCGGCGUUGCUUGCACGCUGCCCAUCACUGGAUCAGGCCUCACGGACAACGACCGCAUUUUCAUCAUCGCCGACUACCUCGAGUGCGGCUACGCCCAGCAGUCCAGCGCCGUCAGCCAGGGCGCCGGCACCGGCGGCACGCGCAGCUCCGGCAGCGCCAGUCUCUCUCGCUUCGGCGGGCUGAUCAUGGGCCGCCACGGGAACUUCAAGGUGUGCUGGUGCGGCAGCUACGACGCCUUCACCAAUCCCACCGGGUGCUCUACCAUGGAACAGUACACCGUCUACGCGGGCAACGUCACCAGUGGCGGCCCAAUCCAAGGCCAGGUGGAUCGACCUCCCGUGGGUGUGCCCUUCAUCUAUACCAUCACCGGCUGGGGCAUGAGUGAUGUUGACAGGAUUCGCAUCGUCGACAAGGACGUGAUUUGCGGGCAAGCGGGUGCAUCGGUCCAUUCGCUGGGCCUGGAAGCCAGCACCGUGCCCAACGGACAGCCCUCGCGUGUGGAAGGGGACGCGUCUAUGAAUCGAACCAGCGUGAGCUGGACCAACAUCGUGGCACGGGAGAUGCGCACCUACCGCGUCUGCUGGUGCGCCCACAACUACCAGGGCUGCAAUCAGGACGCGCACUUUGCGUUGGACGUGGGGGUCAUCAACCCGCGGGGCGCAGCAAACACCACGAUGAUCAGCGCCAUUCCCGGGCGCCCUUUCUCGCUCACCGUGAAUGCCGCGGAUGGGUCCACCCUGACCGGGGAUGAUCGCAUCAGGAUCGUGCGCUCUGAGGUGUCCGACGGGAAGUGCGGCGGUUUCGGAACCUCCGUGAUGUCCCCGGCGGUCUCGGAUAUCGCCUGCUGGCCCACCUGCGUGGACUCCCCCGUCUUCGGCGCACCGCAGAUGGGCACCAACAACGAGUCGGAGGUCUGGGAUCCGGUGCUGAUCAUGGAGAGUGGCGAGUACAACAUCUGCUGGUGCAACUCCGGCAACGGCGGCUGUGACAGCGACCAGGAUUUCGCCUUCAAGGCUGGUGUGAUCAUCGCCACAGGAGUGGACAUUGGCCUGCACUUUCACUGCGCGGCUUACUUCCCCUGCGUCGUGGAGGUGCCACUUACAGAUGGACUCUCCAGCAGUGACUACUUGCAGAUGGUGCCAGCUGCCCCAAGCGCGCGCUGCGGCACGGACACGCGCGCGCCAGCCACCAGCUUCUCGCGGGGCACGCGGGUCAAGGGCUACACAGGCCGCGAUACCGACGGGAAGGACGUGGUGAUCUUCGAGUUCGGAUCGCCGCAGGCGCCGGGAGUGUACCUCGCCUGCUACUGCCAGGGUAACGUCUGCUCAGGCGCGACCAGCGACCAGGACUUCUUUCAGCAAGCCGGGCAGGUGACAGUGAUGGGCCUUCAGGGCAGAGAUGACUACCACAAGUGCUACCUGCGGGGGACGUGCAAGCUGAGUCUCCGUGGCGCCGGUCUGGAUGAGCAAGAUGCCCUGAUGCUGGUGGAUCCCAUGGACAAUUGCGCGCAGACGGGGCAGCCCGUGAGCUUCAGCGUGGAUGGGUCUCAAUUCUACACCGGCGCCGGCGACAGGAUCUUUAUCGGCACCUUUGCUUCCUCCACCAACGAAGGCCUUGAGAGCUGGUCCUUCGAGCUCGGCAGCCCCGUGCGCACCGGGCGCUUCCGCCUGUGCUAUUGCAGCCGCACCCGCGCGACGAACAGCAUGUGUCAGGACAGGGUCGACUUCGACCAGCCGGCAGGUGAGCUCUUCGUGCGGGGCUCCGAGUUUAGUUCUGAGCUGCGCUGCGACCAGGGCGAGCCCUGUUACGUGACAGCCCGGGGGGCUCAGUUCAGCAAUUUGGAUCGGAUGAUCCUUCUGAAGACGGGCUCCACGGGCAGCACGAAUCACAGCUGCGGCAUGAUCAACGGGGGGCAGUACCCGCACUGGUCCUCCGCCUUGACGCCCCAAACCAUUCAGCCCGAUGCCAUUCUGCCGGACCUUUGGGCAGCCACCUGGCUCAUCACCAGUGUGCGCGAACCUGGGACGUACCACAUCUGCUACUGUGCCAACAUCGUGGGUGGGGGGCUUUGCGUGGACAGCGGCACCACCUACUACGAGCGCUUCCAGCACGAGCUGGGCACCGUGAGGGUCACGGGGUCCAUCCUUGCGGUGCGCCAGGUGGGGAUCACGCCGACCCAUUGGAAGCCCAAGCUCCCAGCGGCGCCUUAUGCUGUCAGUGUGGAAGUGGACGUGCUCACCACCUUCAUGAAGUACACAUGCAUUGCCACGACUCGCCCAGCGCCGGAAGGCUUCGUGCCUACCAAGUCUGACUUGGAGAACUGCACUGUGGACAUCGAUCUCCUCACGGACCGCCAGAAGUUCUUCCCCCGGUGCUGGGGCAUUGGCACCACCGUGGAGACGGUGACAGAGAUGGGGCCCAACGUCGUGCAUGUGCCGACACAUGUUCCGCAGAGCAAUUUGGACACCGCGGUGAACAUGCAUGUUUGGUGUUUCCCGCGCGAUCUGUGCUCCAAUGACCGCUGUGUGAUGCCGGCCAACAACGAGGGCCUCUUGGUGCCUUUGACCGGUGGCCUCGUCUCCUACUCCAAUAACUGGGCCGCCACGGUGGCGACGCCCUUCUCGCUGCGUUUGCCGUUGGCCAGCGACUUUGACCUCGGCGACGAGUGGGCGCGCCUGAAGAUCAUCACUCACGACAGUGCUUGCGACACCACCCAGCUGCAUCGAUCUGUGAUGGGCAUCACCUGCCUCGAGAGCGGGGUGGGAAAGUGCGAGCCUGCGCCCACCUCCACCCUCUCCUCGGGCUCCUGGGGCUCCGGCAGGGAGCUGAUGUGGAGCGGUAUUGCUGUCAACAGGGCCGACACGUUCCACGUCUGCUACUGUGACCGUCACUAUGCAAGCAUGUGCAUGGCCUGGGUGAAGGUGGGUACCCUCCAGGUCAAAGGCCCCCAAGUGGCUGGCUCUAUGAGGUUCGUGGCGAACCCCGGGGAGUCCGCGCAGAUCACGGUGCAGGGCGUGGGCCUCGCGACCGAAGACAGGCUCCGCAUCAUCCCGCAGACCGUGGGCUGUAUGGCGGUUCAGGAGGCUUCCACCACCAUGGCUGCCGCCACCACGUCCGCUCGCCGUCUGCAGUUCACCAGCGUCUUCGACUUCCGGUCUGGGGCGGCCGCGGCGAACGGCACGGAGGCCUCCUGGGAGAUUCUCAUCAGCGUGGAGGGCACCUACAACGUCUGUUGGUGCGGAGGCCUGGAGAACAGUUGCACCGCGCCCGACGAGUUCCAAGUGCCGCUGGGCACUCUGCAGGUGGCCCAGAAGCGCGACUGCCAGGUGACCGACUGGUGGGUGGUGGAUGAGUGCAACAAGGUCUGCGGCGGAGGGGAGGUGAAUAUGAGGCGCGCCAUCACGCAGGAGGCCACCGGAGGCGGCGAGGCAUGCCCCAGCCAGUCAGAGCUCUACAAGGUGGAGCAGUGUAACAUGAACCCUUGCCCUUUGGCGCGCCUGGAUCGUGUGGUUGUGGAGCCGGCCAAGCUCUACGCGGGCAGCCCCUUCCAGCUCACCAUCGAGGGCGAGUGGCUGGAUCCGGACAGCGACCGAAUCGUUCUGGUGGACAAGGACCAAGUCUGCGGCGCCACUCAGGUGCACCACGGGGGCGCCGCGUGUGAUCAGUACAGCUCCAGCAACUAUCGCCUGGUCUGCGGCAAUGGCGUCUCCUCCAUCCGCAUGCAACGUCCCGGCACGUACAAGAUUUGCGUAUGCGAUGCCAGCGCUUCUAUUCAGAAGAGCUUUGACGGCACCACCAACAUCACCACAGGCAACUUUGAAGCUGCCGGCGUCAUUGGGUCCGGCUGCGCGACUCCCGACCUCUACAUCCACAACCCCGAAGAGGGGGCCAUCCUCGAAGUCUUCGAAGCCCCGGUGCCCCAAUCCACGGUGGAGCAGCCCGGCCUGGAUCCAGGGGUGACGGUGGCUAUCGUGGCCGGGGUGCUCUUCGGCUUGGCCAUGCUGGGCCUUGCGGGCGCCUGUUGGGCGCGGCAGCGUGCGAAAGCCAAGCACAAGGCCAAGGUGGCAGAUGAGGCGACAAGCAAGGAGGGCAAGGACGGCAGAUCCGGCAGUGCUUCAGUUCUACGAGUCCUACUACCAGUCGAUGGGCUACCCACCUGGCACCGCUGCACAGGUGCUGGGCCAGCAGAGCGCACAGCUGUCCUUGCCGGCGCCCAUGAUGGCAGGCGGCUUCUCCGGCAUGGCCCCAGCUGGUACACCGGCUUUGCAGGACGCCUCCGCCUGGAUGGCCCCCAGACCAAUGUCGGCGCCUCUACAGCUGGCGCUGCCGCCUUCCCGGCACCCCGGGGUGAUGGCGUCACCUCCCACACCAACUCGUGGGCGAUCACCCAGGGGAGUUGGAGAUGGAAAGAGCUUCGGGGACCUCGUCUCCGAAUCCAAUAG